AUCGUUCACAACACACAACACAAUGGCUAGAACCGCACGCUCCCAAUUCCCCAGAGCCGUCCAGAAGGAUAGGCACGAGAACCGCUCAGGCUUGGACCCCAACCUUCGCAAAGGUGGCGCAGGAAGCUACAACUGGGGUAACAUCAUGGACGAACGCGAACUCCACACCGAGGCUCUUCAUGACGAGGGCAUUGUCGACGACGGAGAACUCGUCGGUCGACCUUUGGAACAAGACAUCAUCGCUGACCAGCAGUUCAGAGCUGGCUCUCCCGCGGACACGACCAGUAGCGGACCAUCCAAGCCCGGCCUUUCCAGGUCGAGGAGCCACGAGGAGGAGCUCGAAGAAGCGCGCAAGGCAAGGAAGAACAUGUUGAACAAGAAGAAUAUUGACCUGUCUGCUAUUGCUCGUACUUCUGUCGGUGCUUCUACGUCUCCCCCACGUUCUGACGGCAUGCUCCGUGGCCCUGGACGUAGCGAUAAGGACGUCCCCAUCAGCGCUACGACCCGUCUCAUCUAAUUCACCCCGCAAACAUUAUCAUAACCGUGUACCACUAGUAGCAUGCAAUGUAGAAAAUCGGACAUUGUAUUUGUAGUUGUAUUGAAUGCGCGACAUAUAAUUGCUCAAGAUCCGCCUU